AUGUCUGACAAAAAGUCUAUCCAGGAUCUUCUCAACAUGCUCGCUGUGGGCGAGACAUUGUCUGCAGCACAAGAAAAGAAGAUGAAAGAUCAUCUUUUCUGGAACAGUCAACCAGUCCCAAAAUUGGAUGAGUCCAUUAAGGAGGAGGGACCAAUUGAUUCUCCCAAGACACCAGCUGAUAUCCCAGACCAACCGUUACCGUUACUUCCCGAAUUUGAAUGGAGCACUGUUGAUAUUGAUGACGAUAAACAGCUUGAUGAGCUUUAUGAUUUGUUAUACGAGAAUUAUGUUGAAGAUACUGAUGCCACUUUUAGAUUCAAGUAUACACACGAUUUCUUCAAAUGGGCAUUGAAACCACCGGGUUGGAGAAAGCAAUGGUAUGCUGGAGUUAGAGUAAAGUCAAGUAAGAGGUUAAUCGCAUUCAUUGCUGCUACUCCAGUCACAAUCAAGUUGAACAAAUCAAACAAGACGAUGGAUGGAGCCGAAGUAAACUUCUUGUGCAUACACAAGAAGUUGAGAAAUAAAAGACUUGCUCCUGUCUUAAUCAAGGAAAUAACCAGGAGAGUAAACAAGGAAAAUAUUUGGCAAGCUUUGUACACCGGGGGUGCAGUUUUGCCCACCCCACUCGCCACUUGUCGUUACCAACACCGCCCCCUCAACUGGCCCAAAUUGCACGAUGUUGGAUUUAGUCAUUUACCAGCGGAUAAAACUAAAGCUAGUAUGAUAGCUCACUAUGCACUACCCAAUGCUACAAAAUUACCUGGGUUGAGGAAAAUGACCCCUGAUGAUGUAUCAGACACAUUGAAAUUGUUGAACGCCUACCAAAAAAGAUUCGAUAUUGUACAAGAAUUCACCGAGAAGGAGUUUGAGCAUUGGAUGUUGGGUGAGGAGAGUGUGGUCAAGGCGUAUGUAGUGGAAAAAGAAGGGAAGAUUACCGACUUUUUCUCAUACUACUUGCUUCCUUUCACUGUUUUGGAGAAUAAAUUACAUGAUGAGUUGGGGGUUGCUUAUUUGUUUUACUAUGCCACCGAUGCCGACAAUGGCUACAAAAAUAGAUUAACAGACUUGAUCAAUGAUGCAUUGGUCACAGCCAAACUGUUUAGUGCCGAUGUAUUCAAUUGCCUCACUUGUCAAGAUAACACUUAUUUUUUAAAGCCUUGCAAGUUUGGAAGCGGUGACGGCUUUUUGAACUACUACUUGUUCAAUUACAGAACUUUCCCAAUGAAUGGCGGUAUUGACAAGGAGACAAAACAGGUUGCAGAAGAUGAAACAAGUGGUAUUGGGGUGAUUCUCUUGUAA